ACUGAAUCGGCUGCGGCUGUCCCGCGUCCCGCCAUAUUUCUGACUGCGUUAAAUCUACAUCAUCGUGGUUCAAUAUCAACAAAAUCGCAUAUUACGAACCUGGAAAGUUGACUUUUUUUUACAAAUUUGUGUAUAUUGUGUUAGGUAACUCCAAGGAAAGUGAAAAUUUAAUAACAAAAAGUAAUUACCUUCAUAUUUUGACAUCAAAUGACAUCAGGGUGUCACUUUUGUUUGUAGAAAUGUAAACUGUCGGAAAAUAUUUGAAGUGCAUCGAAACCGCCUUUGAAAAAUGGAAACAGAAACCCUCAGUAACUAUGAACAAAAACAUUUAGAUAAUACCAUGGACGUAGAUAUUCCACAGGAAGACGAAUCUGCUUCGCCUGUAAAUAAAACAUACGAGGAGAACACAGAAAGUACAGAUGUUCAGAAUCAGGCCGAAAAAGAAGAUAAAGAAAAUGAAGUGGAGAAACCAGGAAUAGAAAUAGAAAGUGAAGAAGAAUGCGAAGAAGAGGAAGAAGAAAAACUACUACUUAGUCCAGCACAUUCAGAUAAAGCCUAUGAUAGUGAUGACGAUCCAUUAAGCCCACCAUUAAACAGAGACUUGGAAGAAAGUGAUAAUGAAGGAGAUAAGGAAGAAAAAGCAGAAUCAAAUGAAAAAGAUAAAGAAGAGGUAUCGGAAACAAGUAAAGAAGAAAAAGAGCAGGUACUAGAAACAGAAGAAGAAAAAGACGAGAUAGUAGGAAUUGAUGAAGAAGAAAAAAUAAAUAGUGAAAACCUACAAAAUAAUUUGGAUGACAAAAAUAGUAAAGAUGAUGAAGAUAAUACAAAAGAUAAUAAUAGAGAUAAGGAUGAAGAAAAUAUAGUAGAAGAGGAAUCUAUGGUAGAAAGUCAGGAAGACAAAAAGAGUGACAAACCUGGUGAAAAUAUUCAAACAGUUGAUAGUAAAGAUAGUGGAGAUAAAGAUCCUUUGGAUAAUGAAAACGAUGAUAAAAAACAAGAUAAGGAUAAAGAUAUAGAUACUAAUAAUGACAAAUUUUCGAAUAAAGAUGAACAUAGUGAAGUUAAAGAUCCUUUGGAAAAUGAAAACAUUCAUAAAAAACAAGAUCAAGAUAAAGAGGUAGAUACCAGUAAUGACAAAGUUCCGAAUAAAGAUGAACAACUAAAUAGUGAGGAAUCGAAAGAAGAAACCCCAAACGAUAAAAAACUUGAAAAUAAAAUUGACACAGAGGAUAAUAAAGAAGAAACUACCGAUCUACCAAGUAAAGACGAUACAAAUAAAAAGGAAGGCAACGAUGGGGUUGAGAAAAAUGAUCAUUCUUUGUUAAAAGAAAGUUUAAUUAAACCUUUUGAUGAUGGAAAGGAACCUGAAGCUGAUGAAGAAAUGGACAUGUAUGACGAUUUUGAUCCUUCUCUUCUAUGUCCAGAGCUUUCUAUGGAAGUUGAUGAAGCUCCUGUCAUAACUACAAAUGAUGCUCCAGCUCCAGAAAUUGAUGGUAGCAAAAGUCCCUUGCGUUUGUAUGAUCCGAUUUUCUCCACUUUUGUGGAUGAAAUGACAGGAGCAGAAGUCGAUUUCAAUUUGACAGCAGAAGAAUUGGAACUCAAAGCAAAAACUUAUGGACCCAAAAACCCCAUCCAGUUCACCAAAAUUCACUGCACUGCUUGCAAUGUGCAUCUUGGUAGCGCUUUGGACGGUCAAGGCAACAGAUUCGUCCACCCUCUUUUGAAGGUGCUCAUUUGUAAAAAGUGUUACCACUUUUACACGAGCGGCGAAUUCGAGAAAGAUGAAGACGGAAGUGAAUUGUAUUGUAGAUGGUGUGGACAAGGUGGUCAGGUUAUGUGCUGUUCAAAUUGCGAAAUGGUCUUUUGUAAGAAAUGUAUACGAAUCAACUUUGAUCGAAAGAAAUUAUCUGAUAUUCAAAAAAGUGACGAAUGGAUGUGCUUCAGGUGUAAUCCAUCUCAGCUCAUCCACCUUAGAAUACAUUGUGCAGAAUUUAUGGAGUAUGUUCAAAUAGAAUUGCGUCGCGCCAGUUCGUCCGGCAACGUAGACGCUUUCAUGAACACCGAUUAUUGUCAGUGCUGCAUUCCUCAGAAGAAAAAAGCCCCUGACGCCACUACUCCUGUCCAACCUAAAAAGCGGAAACGGCAUACAGGAGAAGAAGACCCCGAUUACGAUCCGACUAAGGAGAGAGAAGAAGUUCCACCUCCUGUUGUUACUCCAACUCCAUCGACGUCGCAGCAAGUAAUUACACCAAAAAUGCCUACCUUCAGCCCUAGAGUUACUCCUAGUCCUGUACAAAUUAGGCCAAAUCUUAUGAGGCCCGGUUUAGCUUCGCAAAACAGGCCUAGAAUGCCGAUUAUGACGCCUCCAGGUCCUCGACCUCAACAAGGCUUCCUAAAAGUUAUGCCUGGAGGAGUGCGCCUUCCAGGUCCCUCUGUAUCCAACGCCGCCGCCGCUGCACGUCCCGGACUUCUUCGCCCCAUUCGCCCAAGCAACACGAUGAAACAUGAAUGGUUUGAGAAAACCGUUCGCGCGGCAGCUCGAGUUAAUUCGAAUCUCUCUUAUACUCUGACACAGUUAAACAGAGCGCAAGCCAACGCGACUAGCGUCGAAGGUCUCGCCGUAGUGCACAACAAAUUGCAGGAGAUUUUGAGUAGUUCCAUUAAUUCUUUGAUACAGAUUAGAAAGAAUCUGAGGACGGAGUUUAUUGCAGGUAUCAAGAACCUGCGUUUUCCACCAAAACCAACAUCUGCCCCACCACAGCCUUCUACUUCUAAAGACGACGACGAUGUCAUUUUUGUCCCAUCCGAUCCUUCGCCUCCCUGUCCACCUCUCGUUCCGGUUAGUAAUAACAACACAACCAACAAAAUCAACCUUCCUUCCUCCAUAUCUCUAGUAAAGAAAUCUCAACCCAGCUCUACAGUUAGUCCUCCCAAGGCUAUCCCUAGUACCAGCGGUAUCACAAUUAAAUCCCCUGGAUCUGGUUCAAUUGCUAAGAAAAGCACAAGUGCUCCUCCUCUUGAUGAUAAUAACAGACCAAAAGGAUUUUUGAGGGUAAAAUCAUUUUCGGCCCUUCAAAGCGUACCGUCUGAGUGUAUUACUAUACCUGAUGAUCCUCCAGAAGAAGAACCUAAACUAGUAGAAGAAACAGAUCCGCUAGAUGUCUCGAAAGACCCAUUAGAUGUUUCAGACGUUGUUAAGGAGGACAUUGUUAAUGAAAAAGACGACAAAACUGACGAGAGUCAUACAAAUGGUAUAACAAAUGGUGAAAAGGGAGAAGACGAAAGUAGUAAUAAAGAUGGAGAAACCCCUCCAAAAGUGGAAGAUGAAAAUAGUAAAAAACAUGUUGAUGUCCCUUUAAAAGUUGAUGGUGUGGGAAUGCUGAAACCCGCUACAAUUGUCUUACACCGAUCCCAAGAGAUCGAUGAUAUGGUUAAGACUAAAUUUGAUGUAGUGAACGGUGAUGUUACGGACUAAAAAACAAUCGGAAAUAUUAUAGGUGCUUUUUUUUAAUAAUUGGUAAGUUAGGUCCAAAGAACAUUUUUUUUAAGUGAACAUGAACUAUUUGGAGGGGUUUGAUGAGUGUGAAAUUACUUACUACCUUUUGUGAAGCACAUUAUUUAGGAAAAAAAAAUGUGUUAAGAAUAAAUGGAUUUAGUUAAAAAGGAAGAGAGUUGUCUUUUGUUUAUUAUGUGAUGAUAUGUGCAUCUAUUACAGGGAUCUCCCGUUUCAACUUAACUAUCGAUCUAAAAUGGGAUAUAAAAUGUGUAUAUAGGUUGAAAAGUGGGUGAAAAAUCUAUUUCCUUUUUAUUAUAAAACUUCAUAGGUUAUUGACUUGAAAGUUGGCAACUUUGUUUUUUUUAUCUGGUACAAAAAAUAAUUAAAAAUGUUUACGUUGCUCAUAGAGGGUAUAACAAAAAGAGAUACAUUAAAUUUAACCACAAUUUCUGGGGUCGAAAAAAAAAUCGAUUUAAGAAACACCAGAAACUGUGAUUGAAUUUACUGUAAACAUUUUUGUUACACCCUGUAUAUUGCUUCGAUAAAUAGGGUCAUAAGUUGCACCGUACAUUGUUACAAAUCCUUUUUAUUUUGUACCAAAGGGGAUUAGACCCUAGUCUCUGGUUAAUGGUUUCCUGAAUUAAGGAAACACCUUGUAUAAAAAAUGUGAUGUUUUCAUGGAGACAACCUCGAAGUAUCUCACCUUAAACUAUGAUAUGAGAUUAUUCCUACAAAAUAGCAAAAUUGCGCUAUUUUUUGUUUAAUCAAAAGAUUUGACGUAAGAUAAUUUUAUUUUAAUCGACGAAAAAAUUCAAAAUGGAGAAACAUAAUGUUAUCAAAAUCAGUUUUAGUUGUUCAUUUAUUGAUAUCAAAUUUUCGCUAAAUCUGUGUAGUUUAUUUUUUAUGUUUCUAUCACCUUACUUAACUAUAUUAAUAAGGCAGUUUCAAUAAAGUCUAAAAUUAUAAAAAAUAGAAUACAAAAUAUUUUUCAAAUUUAAUUCGAUAUUUAUUUGGAGUAAGUAUACAAGAAAAUAGAAAAUAUUUAGUUUCAAAUUUUAAUUGGACAAGUUAAAAAUGUUAAAAGUUUUUAUUUUAAAGAAUGUUAUAUUUGAAAAUCGUACUAUCAUCACAUUUGUUCUACUAGCUUUUGUAAAUGACACAUCUUAUAUAAAUUAAAUUGAUUGAUGUUCAUAUGGAAUCAUGACUACAAAUGUGUGUAAAGUAUUACAUUUUCCUUGAAAUAUAUUAUAGUAAUCGAAAUUUACAUCUUAUUCUAUUUUUUUUACGAAACUUUUUUUUUGUUUCCAUGUUUUCUUUUAUUUCUUCUAGGC